CCUCUCGCCUUCCACACUGACUCAAACUCGAAUCGGCUAAGCUCGGAAGCCCACCGGAACACCAAAGCUUCGAAACCCUAGCAAUGGCGAUCGAGUGAAUCGCCGCCAAAUCACAGCUUGGCCAGAGCCGGCGGAGGAAGGGACCUCCAGUAGGAUGAAUUCUUCUCGGGGUUCCAUGUCCCACAAGGCGAGGGCGCAGCGGGCCCUGGCCGCCAUGAAUUCCCUCGGCUUCUCCAAGAAGCUGGCCUACCCCGUCCUCAAGCGCCUCCAUAAUCUCUACGACAAGAAAUGGGAGCUCAUCGAGGACGACAACUAUCGCGCCCUCGCCGAGGCCGUCCUCGACGCCCAGAUGAACGGCGGCCCAGUCGAUGAUGGGGAUCAGGAGCUGGAGCAGGACGAGGAUCGUCACCAACGCCAUUCUACCGUCCGUAGCGACUCUGAUGAUGAGAUGGACACACCAGACAGUCCAGACUUCAUGACUGAUCUCGCCACAAACCGCCGCGGCAACUCCGAUGAUUUUCCCUCGCCUCCACCCCGGAGAGGAGCCAUGGUUAUCUCACCUCGAGGCGCUACCCCUUUACAAAGUAGAGCCUCACCACGACUGCUAGGCAGAAGGCGUAGGCAGGUGAUGGAGGAAGAUUUGCAGCAUGAUGUCUUCUUGAGAGAGCCCAAGCCUGAACCUGAUGACAUGGAUGCAUCAAACUGUCAGAAUGCGCAACUUGGCCUUGUUGACCUUCCACACGGCGCACGCUCCUCAAGGGUUCUUGCAUUGCCUCCACCUGAUCGAAAUUCUAAACGUAUUUCAGGUGCUGAAAACAGGACAACUCAGCAUUGCAGAAAUAGGGAAAUGUCUUCAUCUGUAGCGCCAACAAGCAACAUAAUGAACAAUGAAACAGGAUCUAGAGUUAGAAAUAUGCAGGCAGCAACUUGUUUGGACAUUGAUGUAGCAUCAUCCGCUAUGGGUGAGGUCAAGAUGUCACUCAAAUGCAGUUUAGACCCAUCCAAAUUCUGCAUGCCUGCUUUAGAAGCAGUUUUCAAGAUGGUUGAGAACAAAUGUCUCCUCUCACACAAGGUUCUCCCUCCUGAUUUAUCCAUUGGCAGCCUCAUGAAGGAGAUAUGCCAGUGUGUUGUACAAUUGGGGACGGAAGAUACCGUAGAACAUAAUAUGCAAUCAGAUAGUAUUGGUAAUGGCAGCAGGUCAGAGAAUGGUGUAAAUCAGAAACAGAAAGCUGCGGAAGAAUUAUUUGUUUCUAAAGACUCAGGUAAUGGUCCAGUGAAUUCAACUCUGGCUCAAGAACGACAUUUGGCACUUUCCACUCUAAGGACCAUACAUGAUGUGACCGAUAUAUCCAAGGGAGAAGAAAGAGUAAGGAUAUCAAUUGUAAAUGAAUUUGGCGAGGAGAAAUGUCCACCUUCCUUUUAUUACAUGCCAAGAAACACUGUAUUCCGAAAUGCUCGUGUUAGCGCAUCUCUUUCAAAAAUUGGUGAUGAAGACUGUUGCGCUGAUUGCUUUGGCAACUGCUUGUCCGCACCUGUACCAUGUGCUUGUGCAAGAAAAACGGGUGGUGAAUAUGUAUAUACACCAGAAGGUUUGGUUAGGCCAGCAUUCAUGGACGAUUGUGUCUCUGUGAGCCGAUUCCCAGAAAAACAUCACAUGGUGUUUUGUAAAACUUGCCCCCUCGAGAGUUCUAGAAAUAAAGCUUCACCAGAGCCUUGCAGGGGCCACCUUGUUAGGAAAUUCAUCAAGGAAUGCUGGAGCAAAUGUGGUUGUAGCAUGCAAUGUGGUAACCGUGUGGUUCAACGUGGCAUAUCAUGUAAUCUGCAGGUGUUCUUCACAGAAAAUGGGACUGGUUGGGGGCUCCGCACACUCGACGAACUGCCAAGAGGAGCUUUUGUGUGUGAAUAUGCUGGGGAGAUACUAACAAAUACAGAACUACAUGAAAGGGCCGCUCAAAACAUGCAUCCAAUAGUUUUGGAUGCUGGUUGGUGUUCAUCUGAAGGGUUGCUGAAGGAUGAAAAGGCUUUAUGCCUGGAUGCAACGUUUUAUGGAAAUGUUGGCAGGUUUAUCAACCACAGAUGCUGUGAUGCAAAUCUAGUUGUGAUUCCUGUUGAAGUGGAGACCCCUGAUCAUCACUACUAUCAUGUUGCGUUCUUUACAAGCAAGAAGGUGGAGGCUUUUGAGGAACUGACAUGGGACUAUGGUAUCGAUUUUGAUCAUGCCAAGGCGUCAUUCCAGUGCGUGUGUGGAAGCAGAUACUGCCGCGGAAGGAAGUGGAGGCUUGACGAUCAGAGGAUGUGAAGCGAACAUGCUGCGUGAUUGAGGCGAGGAGCUGUUAUUAAGAAGGAUGUGUUAAGGGUUUAGAGAUAAUCAGAGGCAGUGGAAGAGAAGGAGAAGGAUGUGUUUUGGGUUUUGGAAGAGAAGGAGAAGGAUGUGUUUUGUGUUAAGUGUUUUGGAGUGUCUGAACCUAUAUAAGCACUUAAUUAGAGACGGAUUGUUGCCUGAAUGUACUGCUAGCCCCUUCGUGUCGAGUCAUGUACUGCGUAUAUAUGGUAGUGAAUUCCAAUCGGUGAAUGGAAGCAGAUUUGGGUCUCGAAACCCACAACUUUUA